GAGACAGUCUGGAGAGCAAGUUCUCUAUCCUUUGAGUCCAACAGCUGCAACAUCUGUCUAGGGAUACGUUCCAUUAACUCUGUGUAUAUGACCAGCUGGCGCCCUCCUGUGGGAUAGAACCUUAUGGUUCCAUGAACAUUCCAUGCUAUAUGCCACUGCUGUUAUUGUCACAUCGUCAUCCUAUGAUUGACAGCCAAUCCCGCAUUAUUGGAUCAUUGUUUCUGCCUCAGGAUAUAAAGAUUAUUGAAGCUAAAAACAAUGGAGUGUCUCUUUAACCGGAAGGCCAAUCAAUCACUGUACCCUCCGGCUCCAAAUGGCACUUUUCCCUCCUCUACGGACCAAUUACAAGAUCUUGAUAAGGCACUACAUACUACCUUUUAUGGCCUUUGGGUUUCACUGAUGGUUAUCAAUAGUAUGAUUUUUCUAGUGGGCAUAAUUUUGAACAGUUUAGCCAUCUACGUAUUUUGUUUUCGAACCAAAUCAAAGACCACAUCUGUGAUUUACACCAUAAACUUGGUGGUGACCGAUCUCCUGGUUGGCCUCUCUUUGCCAACCCGAAUAAUCAUGUAUUACAGUGGAGGGAACUGCUCUACAUGCUUCUUUGUCCACAGCUUCACAUACUUUGUUAACAUGUAUUGCAGUAUACUUUUUCUGACGUGUAUCUGUGUAGACCGUUACAUGGCCAUUGUCCAGGUUGAGGCAUCACGCAAGUGGAGAAAUCCCAACUAUGCUAAGUUGAUAUGCAUCUUAAUCUGGAUAUUUGCUGUGGUUGUCACUUUUACCAUCUUAACGACUACGAUUAACCAUCCCCAAUGCUGCUUCUUCCAACUCUUCUCAUUGACUGCAUUCGAGUACUUUGUGCCUCUUAUAAUAAUCACCUUCUACACCCUGAGAAUUAUGUGGGCUUUAUCCAGGUCGACUCUAAUGAACCAAAGCAGAGAGAGGAGGAUGAAAGCUGUCCAACUUCUCAUCACAGUCUUGAUCAUCUUCACCGUGUGCUUCACACCCUUCCAUGUCAGCCAGGUGGCCAUAUGUGUCAGCAAAUCUAUAUCCCGCGACGUCAGCCUGAUUGUCUACCAUGUGACAGUGACACUAAGCAGCCUAAACAGUUGUAUGGACCCUAUUGUCUACUGCUUCGUCACAAACAACUUCCAGUCUACAAUGAAAAGCAUCUUUAGAAAACACCACCCAGAGCAAUUCAGUGUGGACAUUGUGAGCCUGCACAAGAACUCUAAAGGUUCCGGAACAAUUACUGCAAUUUCAAACGCUAUUGUUACCCUACCGCUACAAAGUGGCGCCCUCAUCUAGCCUCUGUGCCAGCAGCUAUCAUGCCAGGCUAGGAGUGUAGUACUUUCAAGUGUAUAUAAUUUUCAACCCAUCCACUUAAAAAUGAACAUGUUCUUGUUGAUGUUGACGUCAAACAUUUUGUUCUAAAGAAAAUGAGUGCAUUCCGAAACACGGGACAUUUGUCCAGAUAAUUGGAGAGUGUGACGGGGUGUUAAGAACAGAAUAAAGUGUUUUCUUUUUUCUAUUUA